AUUAACUUUGACUUAAAUGUUUGUCAUAACAGUGAGAUUACUAAAAAAAGGCCUAUUGUUUCAAGUGAACAUAAAAAUUGUUCAAAAUAUGGUUUAGUUGAAGUAACACAAUGGAAAAUAUUCGAAUUUUUUGAUAAAUUAGGUCUUAUUUUUAUUGUAAACCCUUUUACAAACCAAGGACAACAAUACUGGGUGGAGCAAUGUCUGCAAGAGUAUACAAAAAAACCCAACAAGCUCAAUAUAGAUCCCUUCAAAGAACUGCAACCUGGAGAAGAGUUAUGGGAAACAGCACAGAAGAAGGAUGGACUCUUGAAGAAACUUCGAUGGGCAACACUUGGUUACCACCACAAUUGGGAUACAAAGGAAUACAGUGAGAAAGCUCGAGAUGAGUUCCCUCCUGAUCUAGCGGAGCUCAGUAGACUUAUAGUCCAGGCCAUCGGAGACCGUGCUGGUGACUCGUACAGAGCUGAAGCUGCCAUCAUCAACUUCUAUCACCUGGACUCUACGCUGUCUGGCCACAAAGACGUGUCAGAACCUAACAUGACCUCACCUCUCCUCUCUGUCAGCUUUGGUCAGAGUGCAAUAUUCCUAGUGGGAGGGGACAGCCUCGAUGACCCUGUAAAGGCCAUGUUCCUGCACAGUGGAGACAUAGUGGUGAUGUCGGGACCAGCGAGAUGCUACUACCAUGGGAUCCCUCGGAUUGUUCCCACCCACCCAGAGGACAGGCCUUGGGUGGGGGGAGGCUGGGAGCUUACUGCAGCUGGGAGUUAUCUGGACACUUCUCGGAUAAACAUGAAUGUCAGACAAGUCCUUCUACCUGGAGAGGAGUCAAUAAAAAGAUAAAACAAUA